AUGGACGUACGUGAGCCGCAGCCAGAGGUCUCGCCAACCGGUCAAAAGAGACCAAGAAGGAAAUAUCCGCAUUGUCCAGAAAUGAUGGAGUUUAAUGUCUGUGUUUUCCUAACCGCAGUCACAAGAAUACGGCUGCUGCUGGUGGGCGUGUGCUUGGUGACGUGGGCGGCGUCUGUGCAAGCAAGGGCGCAGGGAUACCGGUAUUCGUCGCCUGAGGAUGACCGGUCGUUAGACAGUGACGAGGACUAUGACCAACCGAGUUAUGCCUUCAGAUAUGACGUUGAAGACGGCUACUCCGGUAAUUUCUUCGGCCACUACGAGACCCGCGAAGGAGACGAGACCGACGGCGUCUAUUACGUCCUCCUCCCCGACGGCCGCAGACAGAAGUACGAAGGUGACGCGGGAACCUACUUCAGCACCUUCAACCACGGGCACAGAGGACUCAGCGGAGGAAGAGGCAUUGGAGGAGGAGGCGCGGGUUCCUUUGGAGGGAAGAUUACUUCUGGAGGAGGAGGAGGACGAGGAGGAGGAGGAGCGGGUUUCACUUCCUCAGGAGGGGUUCACGUAGGAGGUGGUUUUGAGCGCGAAGGUGGAGAAGGAGAGGAACACGAGGGCGGAGAAGGUGGUGAGGGUGGAGAAGGCGAUGGACGAGCAGAAGUUGUCGGAAGCCAAACAGGACCUGCGGUUGGAAGUGGAGCGAGUGUUGCUGUUCAUCAUGUUGGAGGUGGAGCCGGAUUUGCUACUGGAGGUGGAGUAGGUGGAGCCGGAUUUGCUACUGGAGGUGGAGUAGGCGCAGGUGGAGCCGGAUUUGCUACUGGAGGUGGAGUAGGCGCAGGUGGAGCCGGAUUUGCUACUGGAGGUGGAGUAGGCGCAGGUGGAGCCGGAUUUACUACUGGAGGUGGAGUAGGCGCAGGUGGAGCCGGAUUUGCUACUGGAGGUGGAGUAGGUGGAGUUGGCACAGGUGGAGCCGGAUUUACUACUGGAGGUGGAGUAGGUGGAGCCGGAUUUUCUACUGGAGGUGGAGUAGGUGGAGCCGGAUUUGCUACUGGAGGUGGAGUAGGUGGAGUUGGCACAGGUGGAGCCGGAUUUGCUACAGGAGGUGGAGUAGGUGGAGCCGGAUUUACUACUGGAGGUGGAGUAGGUGGAGCCGGAUUUGCUACUGGAGGUGGAGUAGGUGGAGCCGGAUUUGCCACUGGAGGUGGAGUAGGUGGAGUUGGCACAGGUGGAGCCGGAUUUACUACUGGAGGUGGAGUAGGUGGAGCCGGAUUUGCUACUGGAGGUGGAGUAGGUGGAGUUGGCACAGGUGGAGCCGGAUUUGCUGCUCAUACAGCAGGAGGAGCUGGAUUUGCUACUGGAGGUGGAGUAGGUGGAGUUGGCGCUGGUGGAGCUGGCUUUGCCACUGGAGGUGGAGUUGGCACAGGUGGAGCCGGAUUUGCUACUGGAGGUGGAGUAGGUGGAGUUGGCGCUGGUGGAGCUGGCUUUGCCACUGGAGGUGGAGUUGGCGCUGGUGGAGCCGGAUUUGCUACUGGAGGUGGAGUAGGUGGAGCCGGAUUUGCUACUGGAGGUGGAGUAGGUGGAGCCGGAUUUGCCACUGGAGGUGGAAUAGGUGGAGCCGGAUUUGCUGCUCAAACAGCAGGUGGAGCUGGAUUUGCUACUGGAGGUGGAGUUGGCGCUGGUGGAGCUGGCUUUGCCACUGGAGGUGGAGUUGGCGCUGGUGGAGCUGGCUUUGCCACUGGAGGUGGAGUAGGUGGAGCCGGAUUCGCUACUGGAGGGGGAGUAGGUGGAGCCGGAUUUGCUACUGGAGGUGGAGUAGGUGGAGCCGGAUUUGCUACUGGAGGUGGAGUAGGUGGAGCCGGCUUUGCUACUGGAGGUGGAGUAGGUACAGGUGGAGCUGGAUUUGCUGCUCAAACUGCAGUUGGUGGAGCCGGUUUUUCUGCUGGAGGCGGAGUAGGUGGAGGGGUAGGUUUUCAACAGAUUGGAGGCGGUGCCGGAGGAACAAGUGUGACUGUACAUCACACUGGACCAGGUGGAGUUACACUUACUGGUCAACAAGCCGGUGGAGGUGGAGUAGGAGCAGCGGUUCACCAGACCGGGGUUGGACUUGGUGCCGGUGUAACUGUUCACCAGACAGGAGGUGGUGGUGGCUUUGGCAUUCAAACUGGAGGUGGAGCAGGCAUAGGUGGUACCGGGGUAACUGUUCACCAGUCUGGAGGUGGAGCUGGCUUUGGUGUUCAAACUGGAGGUGGAGUAGGUGGUGCUGGAGUUUCAGUUCAUCAUUCUGGAGGUGGUGCUGGGUUUGGUACUCAGACAGGUGGCGGAGGUGCCUUUGCUGCUCAACAAACAGGAGGCCUGGCUACUGCUGGCGUCCACCAGACAGGAGGAGCCCCUCUGUCCUUUGGUAGUGGCAGCACUGGUGGCAUUUCUGUUCAUCAUUCCGGUUCCCCGACUAGCAUUGGAGUCACCCCUGGCCCUGUGGCAAAUGCCUUGGUCUCUGGCCCUACCUUUGGCACAGGUAACCAGGUAUCAGUAGGUCAGACAGGUGCAGUUGGUGUUGCUACAGGUUUUGCAGGCACCCAGGGAACUGCAGCUUUUGGUGGAAGUGCUCAGGGAGGAGGCUUUGGCGGUGCCCAAGCUGGUCUUGUAGGUGCCCAAGGAGGGGUUGGAGGCUUUGCUGGUGGUGCCCAUGGAGGAAUCGGAUUUGGGGGUGGACGAGAGGCAGGAGUUGGAGUGACACAGGUCAGUAUUGGAGAUGGCCAUGGAGUUGGAUUUGGAGGUGCUACAGCAGCACCAGGACUCGCAGGUUCCCAAGGUGGAGCAGGAUUCAUAACUACACAAACUAGCGUUGCAGGCGCCCAGGGAUCAGGAUUUGGAACUACACAAGUCAGCAGUGGUUUUGGAGGGGGUGUUUCAGUGACUCCAUCUAUUGUAACUCCCACAGCAAGUCCUUUUGUAUCUACACCCAGUCCUAUUAGUCAUUCUGUGACUCCUGGUGUAACUCCCGCAAGCCCCUUUGUAUCUACCACAAGCUUUUCUGUAACUCCUCCAAGUUUCUCUCCCACAGCAAGUCCUCUGGUAUCUGGUGGAGGUAUUUCAGUGACACCCCACAGUGUAACUCCCACACCAUUCCCUCUGGGUCCUGGGGGAGAUAUUUCAGUGACACCUAGUAUAACUCCUAUAACUCCCACAGAAAGACCAUUUAUAUCCAGCACACCCUUUUCUGUGACAACUCCAAGUCCUCAAGUAACUGGAGGGGGCUUUUCCGUAACUUCCCCCAGUGUAACUCCUACAGCAAGUCCUUUUGUGUCCAGCACUAGCUUUUCCUUCACUCCUUCCAGUGUAACCCCCACAGCAAGUCCUUUGGCAUCUGGUGGAGAAGUCGGAGGAGUCAGCCAAGUUAGUUUUCACUCGGGAGCAGCAAGUGGUGGGUUCGAAAUCCCUGGAUUCAGUGCUGGCACCACAUCACAGGGCUCAUUUCCCUUCUCGAACAGAGUGGAUGAUGUGACCAUUCAAGCAGGAGGCAUUGGCAGUGGACAAGCAGGAUUUGCAGGUGAAGCAGGAGGUGGAUUUGGAGGAGAAUCAAUAGGAUUUGGUGGACAAGCAGCAGGAUUUGGAGGCCAGACAGGAGCAGGAUUUGGAGGCCAGGCAGGAGCAGGAUUUGGAGGCCAGGCAGGAGCAGGAUUUGGAGGCCAGGCAGGAGCAGGAUUUGGAGAACAAGCAGGAUUUGGAGGUCAGGCAGGAGCAGGAUUUGGAGGCCAGGCAGGAGCAGGAUUUGGAGGCCAGGCAGGAGCAGGAUUUGGAGAACAAGCAGGAUUUGGAGGCCAGGCAGGAGCAGGAUUUGGAGGCCAGGCAGGAGCAGGAUUUGGAGAACAAGCAGGAUUUGGAGGUCAGGCAGGAGCAGGAUUUGGAGAACAAGCAGGAUUUGGAGGUCAAGCGAUAGGAUUUGGAGGACAAGAAGUAGGAUUUGGAGGACAAGCAUUUGGAGGACAAGAAGUAGGAUUUGGGGGACAACCAGGAUUUGGAGGACAAGAAGUAGGAUUUGGGGGACAACCAGGAUUUGGAGGACAAGAAGGAUUUUCAGGUGGAGAAGUAAGUGCUGGAUUUGGAGGACAAGAAAUAGGAUUUGGUGAACAAGGAGGCUUUGCAGGUAAUCAAAUAGGUUUUGGAGGUGAUCAGGGAUUCACAAGUGGACCCAUAGCAAGCCCUUUGGUAUCUGAUCCUUCAUUCGGAAUUGGCCAGGCAGGACCAGGCUUUGACGUUGGUCCUGGACCCGGAUUUGGUGGACAAGAUACAGGGUUUGGAGGUGGCCAAGGAGGGUUUGUAGAAAAUCAAGUUUCCUUUGGAGGUGGUCCAGGAUUUAUUGGCAGCCAACCAGCUCUUGGUGCUGGAGUGAGCUUUGGCCCUGUAACACCUGGGCCUAUUUUUGAGGGUGGUCAAGCCGGACCAGGAUUUGGAGCAGGAUUCGGUGGUGCUCAAGCUGGAUUUAGGAAUGAUCAGGGAUUUGAAGUGGGUCCAGGAUUUGGAGGUGCUGGCCACACAGGCCCAGGAUUUGGCGGAGGCCCACCAGAAGUAAGCUUUGAUGGUGCUCUAGAAAUAAGCAUUGGAGGAGGCCAGGGAGGUGCAGGAUUUGCAGGUGGUCAAGCAGGGUUUGCGAACAACCAGAUAGCCCUUGGAGGUGGUCAAGGAUUUGCAGGGGGUCCCACAGCAAGUCCCUUAAUUGCCGACCCUUCAUUCGCCGCUAGCGGAGGCCAAGGGGCAGCUGCCGCAUUUAGUCAGUCUGCCGGUGGAUUGGGAACUCCUUUUGAUGGCCAGUUUGCAGGGCCUGGCGGAGGCUUCAGCUUUGGUUCUGGACCCGUUGCGAAUGCCUUGAUCUCAGCUCCAAUUCUCAGCUCAGAGCAGGUUGCAAGUCAAGGUUUUGUUGGCAACCAAAUAAGCGGUGCAGGCGUUGCUGCCAGAAGUAACUUAGCUGGCCCUACAGUGGAGUUCCAAAUCGGUCAACCCCUUGCAGCAGCAACCGUAAGAGGAGCACCCGCGACCUCGCAAGCCGGAAUUCUCUCGAGCUUAGUCAAUGCAAACAGACCAGCGCUUCAUCUGGUCCCUGCCCAGUCCAUUAUUCCGAUAGGUCCGCUAGCACAAGCUUAAUUGUCUGUUUACCUAUGAAUUCGGAUGAUUUGUCAAUAUGCCAGUGACAGCGCGAGUGUUCGUAAAUUUUACAACUUCUAUAAAUGCUUCGAGAAAGUUGAGAUUCUAAUGAACUAACUUGUGCUCCCGACCCAUUUUCCCAGGAGUACGCCAAGUUAUCAACAAAUGGAACAGUGGAACUUCAUCACUAAUAGCCAUGUACUUUUUCUUGAAGUACUGAACUGUAACUUGGUGUUACACAUUUACUGUAUGUAUUUAGUUAGAUUGUUGUUACCUCGUUAUUUUGUACAUAUGUGAGAGUUACUUUAUUUUGUUUACAUUUUUCUAGUUUUAUAAUUAAGAUUUUACAAAGGUUGCUUUUUAAAUAAAAGAAAGUAUUUUU